GGCACCCGAUGGAUUCAUAAAGGAUCUCGCAUUGACGUCAAGAUUCAUACGCUCACACACACACACUUACACACACACGCUUUUGGCUGGCCUUGGCCCUCCCAUCUCGUCAUCGAGCUGGCGGAGACGUUCUCUGGCACCAUGCGAGCACAUGGCACCAGAGGCCGUCUCCGCCAGCUUGUCGAGAAGACGGCAGAACACUCACCAGUGUCUCAACGCGCGCAGACGUGUCCGUCUGCUAUGCUACACACCGCCUCGUCUAAGAGUUCUCAUCUCACCUCAUCGCCAGCUGAGCUAUGCACAGAAGAUCUCGAGUGGGUCUGCACAAUCAGUACUAAGGAAACGAGUGAACGAAUGCACCAUUAUUCAGUCAGCCAGCCAAGGACAGAAGGACGAGGACGGAUUCUACAGGUAUCCGGAUGGGUGGUGGCUCUCGCUCACAGGGGGCGACGGACCGAUGUGGCUGCCCUCGCCCUCUGAGCGGUCUUGAGUUUGCGGAACAGCCGCAGGAGCCGCGUGAUGACCACCACCAGCUUCUCGUACACCACUGCACACCACACCAGGCCACCCACCGCAAAUGGUGCGGCCAACCACCCAACAUGUGUGUCGUCAUGUGUGUCGCUGUCACUUACUGAACAUCAAAGCAGAUGCCAGCACCGUCUGAAUCAGCUUGGAGGAGAUACCUAUUGGACAUAUGUGCACAGACCACACAACCCAAGUUUUGUUUUUCAGCUUCCCCCUGCUGGCAUCCAUCCAUCCAUCCAUCCCAUCCAUCCCUCUCGCUGCGUGCGUGUGUCCCUACCUGCAUAGAGUCCCGGCAGCCCCUCCCUCCUGACGAUGUCUCUAAACAACCGCACACUCGACGUCACCCUCGGCACAUGGGUGGGGUGCUGCUCCUCACUCCUGUCGUUACCACCGCCCACGCCGCCCCCCUUCUCCUCCUCGCCCUCACCGCCACGCGGCUGCAACGGCGGAAGGUCCCUCUCCCUCUCCCUCUCCCUGUCGGUGUCAUCGUGUUGUGUGGGGGGCCGCAGUGCUGUGCGCGACGAUGACGUGGUGGUGGUUGGCUGGGUGGAGGAGGAAAUGGGCCGAGAGGCUGUCGCCACGAAGCUGGAGGGCGCCCCAGUCGUCUGGAGGCGCACCUUGCAUAGCUGAUUUGAUUGAUGGGCAGGCGCGGCGGGUGAAAGGAUAGAGAAAGGAGAGCAAGCAAGAGACUUUCGUGUGGGCUGGUUUGUGAUGGAUGUCAUAAUGGCGAUAUCGGUGUGUGCGUUGACGGCGGUACAUACCUGGUAUGGGUAUGUGAUGAGCGUGGCGACCAUCUUCGCGAAGGCUCCCGUGAAGAAGUAAAACAUCGCGCUAUCUGCACGACGCACACACACACAGAGAGAGAGAGAGAUGACGAGCCAGGCCUGAUGGACCGUGGGUCCGUCUGACUUUUCUCUGGUUGAGUGUGUCCGAGGUUUUUCUUGAGGAGCUCGUAGACCAUGAACUGAAUGGCCGGGUUGCUCACCAACACCAACGCAGGACCGAUGCCGUAAAACAACGCUGAAGGAGUGACACACACAGACACACAUACACAUACACAUACACAUGUACUGCGGCAGUGUAGUGCCGCCAUUCUACGUCUGCCUACCUUGCAGGCCCUCUUCCUUCAUGAUCUUCUGCAGGGUCUCGCGGGCCGAGGUCUCGGCAUCCUGUCACACACAUAGAUGGAUUGGACGCAUGGCGCAUACAACAUGAUGAUGGAUCAGUGGCUGGCUGCAGCCGGAUGACUCACUUUGCUGCGGACGGUCAUCCUGGCGUUGAGAGUCCACACGGGAUGCGUCAGCAGCACGUUGAUCGUCCCCGCAACUGCAGCCAAUGGCAGGACACAGGCGGCCAAUGAAUGUGUCCUGCCUGUCUGUUGGUGUUGGUGUGGCGGGUGGUGUGCGGUGCCUGCGGUGCGUACCGAAUGCUGUGGCGAGGUUAUGGUGUGGUUUGAAUGUGCCCUUGUUGGCCUUGACAGCCAUGUCCUUGAGCAGGUUGUACCAGAAGAAAUAAACACUGAACCGAAUGAAUCAGAACACACAGACGCCCACGCAAGGAUGCACCGCAGCUACGAGACAGGUUGGGCGGCUAUGGGUUGGGUGGAUCGUUUCAGCGCACCCCGACGAGAGCAUGGAUGCGACGAGGGCGGUCUUGAGUCCCUUGUAGAAGCCCUCCAGCCCUUCCCUCUCGUACAUCUCCUCUAUCAGCGUCAGCAGCCUCACAUUCCUGCCAACGGUGGGUGGCACGCACCGAAGGAAAGGCAAACAACACACCCGCCGUGUGAAUGCAAUCACGCGCAUCCAAUCUGCCCAUCUGGCUGCCCACGUGCUUACGCGUUGAGGGAGUGUUUCAUCCGUAUGGCCUCUAGCGGGUACAGGAGGCUCAUCGCCACGGCAGAUCCAACAGCACCACUGAAACAACAUCGCAGUGCAGUGCGCAGCAGAGGCAAUCCAGGCAAUGAGUCACCGCAGGGAAGGCGAAGCGCUCUUCUGAGGUACCUGGUGCCGUGGGCGAGAACCCUUUCGCUCUCUGUGAGCGGCGCAUCUUCGUCAAGGAGAACCGUCGACGCCUCCUGGAGGCGCUCCGUGGCCUUGCCGCUCUCACCCAUUUUCUGCCACUGAAAGCU